CCAGUCCUCACUCUGUUUCAACCUCUCCCCUCACCGCGACACCUUGUGGCCCCUGCCUCUACUUCACGAAUCCCGCCCAUAUCUCUGCAUCUACUCUUUAAUCACGCGCGGCUCUGGCCAUAACUUCUGCUCGAUCACUCCCACACUCACUCGCCGCGAGACUGGCGUUUAGGCGCAAUCGACAACCCUUUGCUUUACAUCAGACAUGUCUUCUCUACAUGACGGAUCAAACGUACCCAAUGCUGCACCACCAUGUCGGCUCUGGCUCCUCCGCAAUUCACUCCCGCUGUGCUCCCUGGCGCGUUGCCGAUGGUCGAUGGGAUGAUGCCGAUGCAGGUGGACGGAGGCUGGAUAGACAAUGCUAGUGGACUGGGGGUGGGAGAGCAUGUUACGCCGGGAAGGAGUCCGACAUGCGGGCGACUUCAGUGGCGCUCCUGGACUGCUCCAGCCUUUGGCAUGCGCCCGGCAGCACAUUUGCCUACACCACAAAGUCCCGGCAACCCUGCUUUCUUCGCUCCCGCAAUGACUUUCCGCUUCAUCGAUUCAUCGUCGGUCUGUUUUGCAUCUACUCAUCAAUCCACAAGGACGAUGCUGCAGCCACAGCAGCAGCAGUUUCCUGUCAUCGCAGAUCCUGCCACGUUACAAAACCGCAUUCCAUUACAAAGCGGCAUGACAGAGCCACAGGCGUUCAUGACACCAGAAUCGAGCCCCGUCUAUUCUCGGAGACCAGUUCGAUCGCAAAACGAGUCUCCGCAUCUUGGUAGCAACGCCGCAUCGCUUCUUUCCUCUCCGUUUACUCCCCGUCCGAUCAGCCAAGCGGGAGAAUCUCAAACGCAUCCCAGCCAGCCCAGACCAGCAGGCAUGAGCGCUCCCAGCGAACCACGCACCCUCUCGUCGCCCCUAUCGCGCGGUAUGACACCGUCCUCAAACCUCGGCUCCCCCUUUGGUGGGCAUCGUCUCUCAGUCGCCGAUCGGUCAAAAUCGAAGGCGCGGACACCAGCACGUUCGCAUGCGCCCACGCCCACGCCCAUCACUGCGCACCACGCACCUGCACAGCCAAGCGAAGCCGCGACGGAGGUUACACCUACCCAGACGCCACCACCGCUCUCUGCCCCUGUCCCUCAACGCCCUCUGGGAGGCGAAAUAGAGCGCAUUAAGGCGCAGUUGAUCGUCGACCACGCAACGCUGCUGAGCGAGACGGAGGCUCGCCGACCUGACUACCUCGUCAGGGCGCAACGCCCCAGCUCCGGGCAGAUCAUCGAGCCGCUCGACUUGGAGGAGCCCGAGGGGCAUCCUGGACUCGGUGUCACAGUCACCCCCAUGAGAGGCCGCCGCAUCCAGCUAGCUGCUGGCGGCGGGUAUCCUGGAUACGGCUCCUCUAUGGUUGCCGACCCUCAGACGCCCGUUGCCAACAAAGCGAACAACGGCCUCUCCCAGCGUGCACUUCACUGGCUCCAGCAGGCAACGCCUGGUCAGCCGGGUCCGUCAAACAUGCCCGUGGAGCCUGAGGCGGACUGGAUACCUAGCGAGAAGGAGAUCCUCAAGCGCAAGCGACUCGCCGCCUUCGAGGAAGACAGGGACCCGAACGACCACACCUGCAAACUGCAUCCCGUGAGGUUGAGGGCAAAGGGCGCGUGCUCGUUAAUGUCGCAACUGCAAGCCCAACUGCAGUCACCGGUAAAGAAGCGUCCGAACCCGCGCCGCAGGAGGCGGGGCCACAGACGAGGGCGUGGUGGGUCUCCCGGUGAUGAUGACGAGCUGGACGGACGCAAAGAGAUCCUCCGCAUGGCUAAAGAAGAGCGGCUCAAGUGGAUCGAGAACUACCUUGAUCGUGACAGCGACAGCACGAGCGAGGACGAGGGCGGUCACACCGACCAGGCUUUGCAGCCCGCAGUGGACUCUCAUGACGAUGAUGAGGUCUACCCGAUCAGACGGGGUCGAGGCAAGAUGGUCCCGCUCAAGGCCAACCCGGAAGCACGUGAUCCUGCCGAUGCCAGGGCGGCGCUUCUGUCCAAACGAUCAGUGCGUGCGCUGGCUGAGCGCAGGCGGAAGAGAGAUGAGGACGAGGAAAGCUCCGAUGAAGUUAACUGUCCGUGUGGUCGAGGCGAAAAUGGAAAACCCUGUGUACAGUGCGAUGAUUGCAAGUGUUGGUUUCAUUUGAGAUGCAUGGGUAUCAGGUCCGAGGCUGAGCUCGGGGGCGACGAUGAUCCAUGGUACUGUCCAGAUUGCCUCGGGGUCUAUCCGUCGGACCCAUCCUCGGAACCCACCUUCGUACCUACCGACAGCGAGCUACCUAGAGAUGGCAUCCGGGACCCGCUCUUGUACCAGGGCUCACCGAGGACACCGUACACUACACGCGAGCGUGGCGAGGUAUACGAGUCACGGUCAUCGUGGAACUCCAGUGGCGCAGGUCCAGUAACACCGCUCUCCACCGAGCGCGAUAUUGGCGUGUACAAGACCCCCGCUUUUGACUCCCCGUUCAACCCGGCAGAUACGCCUUCGCGUGGUGGCAAGUUGAGUGGACCGUUCAACACACCGUGGAUGGAAUCGGGGUGGCACUUCAGCCCGCGGCAACGCUCUAUAUUCAAAACGGGAGGCAUCCAUGAGAUAGUUGGAGAUGCGCAGCGUGAAGUCACCCUUACAGCGUACAACGCGGGUCGGAGCAUCGCGCCUCUCGACGACACGCCCGUCCUGCGUAAUAUGUCGAGGGAGGAUAUAUCUUUUAUGGGCCGGAGAUUGUGGCCUUCGCCAUCUUCUGGGUCCCCAAGGGGCUCCCUUCGCCGUACAUCACUGCAGGAUGGCUCUGCUGCCGCUCUUCGGGAGGCUAAAAUGUAGACCUUGUCAUGACACCAGAAAUACGAUACGUACGCAUAGUAUGCCUUCGUUAUCCCGCACCCGGACUACUGUAUGCGCCUUGCUACAAUGAAUAUGUUGAUUAGUUGAAUGAA